UCAUGACAUCACCUCUGGCUCUCCUUCAGUCAAGUGGGAAAAACUGCUGCCGUCUGUAGUGCCGUUACGCAAGAUACUUCUCUUUUUUUAUGAGCUAAUAAUGGUUUCACAACCACACGGUCAUUUUUAUAGCACAAUUAACCUCCCUGGUGUGACCAAAAAUCUACACUUUCUAUCGCAUGUGAAACCAUGUUUGGUUUGCGGAGUCAUUUAGGAUUUACGAAGACCCUGACAAGUUGGUCUCUUACACAAGACAACGCCGCAGGAUCCUCUGGGCCAGAUUUUCUUCCAUAAGGAUCGGUUUGUUAGAUAGAUAGAUCAUACUUUAUUAAUCCCGUAGGGAAAUUGCGAGAUUCAUGCCGAAGUUGUUAACAUGGGCCCGGCCGUUUGGUUGAGUUUGGCGAUUGACUACACAAUUUUUCCAAAAAGUACCAAAUUUCCUUCUGGCUCGCUCUUGCUACGCAAUAUUGGAAAACAAUACGGUGAGCGCAAUACUCUAAUAUGCUCACGUGACAUGUAACAGAGGCUUCUACUGACCCAAUCCGUUUGCAAUGGGAAACUGCUCUCACCACAAUGCAAAAAAAAAAUAAAAUGCAGCUCUCUUCUGAUUUCACUUCCCUUUUCAGUCCUUCUGCACCGAGCUCCUGACAGCCAACUUGAGUUUCAGCACAGUCAGUGAGGUGACAAAGCCUCACCCCAGUCUACUCGCUAUAAAGCUGGACAGGAGCACAGAGAAGGCCAGAUGGAACUUGAAGCAGCUGAUCCACGAUGACCGAGAUGUUCUGUAAGGACCGAACCUGAGGAGUUUCCUUCUUAUUAAGAGCUGCGGACAUUGUACAAUAACUGAUAAUGGCGAGAGUUUCCAGCAACUCGCUGGACAGACUGUGCAUCGCGGGACUCCUCCUGGCUCUGUCCAUUGUACAAGAAGCCUGCCCCGCCGACGGGUGCUCCGUGCAGGUCUCCCAGCCGGGGGAGAUGUCUGUGGUGGAGGACACCUCCUCCGUCACCAUCCCCUGCGCCGUCACCGCCCCCGGCUGCCCUGGGCACCGGUCCGUCUACUGGUUCGUGUUCCGGGCGAGCUCCCACGAGCAGCUGCAGCUCCAUACCCAUGGCAAGUACGCCCCGCAAGGGGACUCCCUGGACAUCAGCCCCGUCCACGCGAACGACAGCGGGGUGUACUACUGCGGCAUCGCCUUCUCGGGAUCAACAGCACCUGGAGCCAGGAGUACUGGGAAAGGGACCGUCCUGCUCGUGAGAGGUAGACUCCACGUCGCCAAUCCGCAGGGGAAGGCGCUGCUGUCCACGGUCAUCGUGCUCCUGUUCCUCUACAACCUUGCGAUCAUCAUCCUGCUGAUCCACAAGAAGGGCGGGCGAAGCAAAAUUCUCUGCUGGCGGGCGAAGGACGACUCCUCUAGGAAGAAUAACUCCACCUGGAGGAACAACUUUCGUGCUGUGGUGCAGGAGAUGUACAGGGGGGGAGAGAUGCACAGGGACACCAAGGGUGCAAGCGAAGAAAAGCCCCCUCUGGCACAGCCUGAGGACUCUCAGACUCCCCCCAUUAUGGACGACAUUUAUCAGAACAUGUGAUACGCAACAUGACCGCCGGCUCACAUCAUGCAGGGACAGACCCUGACCCCCCCGACACACAGGCUGGAGUCCGGCAGCACUGACCUCAGACUGGAUAGAUCGGCGAUUUUUAAAUUUCGGUCUGCAUACCCUCAAGUAUCAAGAGCCCAAACGCCAGUGAAUGAAACACUCAGAGUGGUGCUGUUAUGUUGUAAAUCUGCUGCUGUUACACAACACAAGUAACAGAGGAGCGAAGGCCACUCUACCCAGGAAGCGGACAGGCCCUAAAAGGAGAGGAAGUGGCUGAGCACACGCUGGCGGUUCCAAGCUGUCCCCGCGGGAAGAGAGGGGCGCGGGCGCGCUGGAAGACGGCGGGGAGACGCGCAGAGCACCGAAAUGGACGGACCGAAGGAGACAAGAGGUGGCGCCGGCGAGGCAUGAUGGGAAACGGAGCGAGACGGCGAGGCCCGGCUCUCGUUCACUCGUUC